UGGAGGUAUCCCGUUCGGUUUUCGUUUUUGGUUCGUAACCAUGUUAUCUUUUAUCUGUCUGCGAGUGGAGAAGCUCGCUCACAAAUGAACCAAGCCAACAUGUCCCUGUUCAAAUCCUUCGCCACAAACUCCUCUGCACUGAAACACGGGGAAGCCACUAUGGCUUUGAUGCAAACCUCUCCGUAUAUGGUUUUAUCACGAAGAACUUGCACAUCUUUUAGGAAAACGACUUCUGUUGGCUUAUCUAAUUUCAGAGGAAGCACUUCGGUCAAAGUCUUGUCCCUCUUAAACGUUACAUGUUGUCAUACUUAUUCCAGUGGUGAAUUCUGUUCUUCCUCAAAGAGAAGAUCUCGAGGACCGGUUAUGGCAGCAAAGAAAACAUCUGAAGGGGCAAAACAGGAAGACGGAAAAUACAAACACACAGUUGAUCUUCCAAAGACAACAUUUGGCAUGAGAGCAAAUUCGUUGGCCAGGGAGCCUGAAAUUCAGAAAAUGUGGGUUGACAGGCAGGUGUACAAGAGAAUUGUGGAUAGAAAUAAUGGGGAAAAAUUUAUUCUGCAUGAUGGUCCUCCAUAUGCAAAUGGCGAUCUUCACAUGGGGCAUGCUCUAAAUAAGAUUUUGAAAGAUAUAAUCAACCGUUACAAGCUCCUUCAAAACUACAAAGCUCAUUAUGUGCCCGGCUGGGAUUGUCAUGGGCUACCUAUUGAGUUGAAAGUUCUACAGUCCUUGGAUCAAGAUGCCAGAAAAGAUCUCACACCAUUAAAGUUGAGAGCAAAGGCUGCCAAAUUUGCCAAACAAACCGUUCAAAAACAGAUGGCAUCAUUUAAGCGGUUUGGAGUAUGGGCAGACUGGAAUAAUCCCUAUCUAACUCUUGAUCCAGAAUAUGAAGCUGCCCAGAUUGAAGUGUUUGGCCAGAUGGCCAUUCAUGGGUAUAUCUACAGAGGCAGAAAACCAGUUCACUGGAGCCCCUCAUCACGAACGGCUCUUGCAGAGGCGGAGUUGGAGUAUCCUGAAGGGCAUGUUUCAAGAAGCGUAUAUGCCAUUUUCAGAUUAGUGGAUGCACCUCUAACUUCAAGUGGCUUAUUAAAAGAGUUUUUCCCCAAUUUGUGCUUGGCAAUAUGGACUACAACUCCCUGGACUAUUCCAGCCAAUGCUGCGGUUGCAGUGAAUGCCAAGCUUCAAUAUGCCAUAGUUGAACUACAGUCACGUUCAGAAGAUGUUUCUUUAUCUGCUGGAAACAAAAAACAAAGGCUUGGGAGUCUUCUUAAGGAAUCAAAGAAGCCUUUUCUUAUUGUUGCAUCAGAUCUUGUGCUGCCAUUAGAAGCAAAAUGGGGAAUGAAACUUGUCAUUAAGAAAACACUAUUAGGUUCAGAUCUCGAGAACUGCAGGUAUAUCCAUCCAAUAGAUAACAGAGAAUGUCCGGUAGUUGUUGGAGGAGAUUAUAUUACAACGGAAGCAGGAACUGGACUGGUCCAUACUGCUCCUGGACAUGGUCAGGAGGAUUAUGUGACUGGCCUGAAGUAUGGACUGCCUGUACUUUCUCCUGUAGAUGAUGAUGGAAAGUUUACCGAAGAAGCUGGACAGUUUAGUGGGCUUGAUGUACUUGGUGAUGGUAAUGUUGCUGUUGCAAAAUACUUGGAUGAACGUUUGUCAAUUAUUAUGGAAGAAUCAUAUGAACAUAAGUAUCCUUAUGACUGGCGAACAAAGAAGCCUACAAUAUUUAGGGCAACAGAGCAGUGGUUUGCAUCAGUUGAAGGAUUUCGCCAGGCUGCUAUGAGUGCAAUUGGUGAUGUAAAAUGGAUUCCCCCUCAGUCAGAAAACAGAAUUUCUGCAAUGACUUCUAGCCGGUCAGACUGGUGUAUAUCACGACAGAGGACAUGGGGUGUGCCCAUUCCAGUCUUUUAUCAUAUGCAGUCAAAGGAACCUCUUAUGAAUGAAGAGACUAUUAACCACAUCAAGACUAUAAUAGCCCAAAAGGGUAGUGAUGCAUGGUGGUACAUGAAGGUAGAGGAUCUUCUUCCUGAAAAAUAUCGGGAAAAAGCGUCAGAUUAUGAAAAGGGGACUGACACUAUGGAUGUCUGGUUUGACUCAGGCUCUUCUUGGGCUGCAGCCUUGGGUAAAAAAGACGGGCUUCGUUUUCCUGCAGACUUGUACCUUGAAGGUACUGAUCAGCAUCGUGGGUGGUUCCAAAGUUCCCUGUUAACAAGUGUUGCCACAAAAGGAAGGGCUCCAUACACCAGUGUCAUAACACAUGGGUUUGUACUGGAUGAGAAAGGUUUAAAGAUGAGCAAAUCUUUGGGUAAUGUUGUGGAUCCACAUAUUGUGAUUGAAGGAGGAAAAAACCCAAAGGAAGCACCUAGUUAUGGAGCUGAUGUCUUGCGACUUUGGGUUUCUAGUGUUGAUUAUACAGGUGAUGCUAUGAUUGGCCCUCAAGUCCUCCGUCAAAUGUCUGAUAUUUAUAGGAAGCUGCGUGGAACAUUGAGAUACCUUUUGGCAAAUCUGCAUGACUGGAGAGCUGAUUAUGCUGUUUCAUACCACAAUCUUCCUAUCAUUGAUCAGCAUGCGCUAUUUCAGCUUGAAAACUUUCAAAUGAACAUUAGGGAGAGCUAUGAAAAAUAUCAGUUCUUUAAAAUAUUCCAGAUCAUGCAACGGUUUGUCAUUGUUGACCUAUCAAAUUUCUAUUUUGAUGUGGCAAAAGAUCGGCUUUAUGUUGGGGGCACUGCAAGUUUUACUAGAAGAAGUUGUCAAACAGUUCUUGCAGCACAUCUGCUUUCCAUUGUGAGAGUACUUGCUCCCAUAUUGCCCCAUUUGGCCGAGGAUGUAUGGCAAAACCUUCCCUUUCAGUAUACCAUGGAAGAUGGUUCUGUUGCUGAAUUUGUUUUUGAAUCAAGAUGGCCAACCCCGAAUGAAACAUGGCUUGCUUUUCCUGCCAAAGAAAUUGACUUCUGGGCAAAAGUUCUCGAGCUGAGAACUGAGGUGAAUAGAGUCCUGGAAGUUGCUCGUACUGAGAAAUUGAUUGGUUCCAGUUUAGAUGCAAAAGUUUAUCUCCAGGCUUCUGAUGCUAGCCUGGCAUCGAGAUUGUGUGAGAUGUGUGCAGCAAAAGAUGAUGCAGACACAUUGCAGCGCAUAUUCAUAACAUCUCAGGCAGAGGUUCUUCCCUCCUUAGAGGAUGAGCUUAUUUCUCACAUACCAUUCAAAGGAGAGUGUCUCAUUCAAGGGCAGAGCAAGGUUUGGAUUGGCGUUUCUCGUGCCGAGGGCUCAAAAUGUGAAAGAUGCUGGAAUUUUUCACCUCAAGUUGGUUCUUUUCCGGAGCACCCCACCCUUUGUAGCCGCUGCUAUAAUGUUGUUGGUGUUCAACCACUUUCAGCUGUAGCAGUGACGAGCUGAUAUUUUGAAGAGUUGCAGCAACACUAUAUUUGAUCUGAGCAAUUCAAAAAUUAGAGCUGGCUAUUAUUUCAGUCUCACCGACAGAUUUAUUUAGUUCGUUCGGCCAGUAUACUCUUGAGUGAUACCGAACUCAAAAUUUUGAUUGCGUAUGGAGCUUCUGAAGCACUGACGCUCUUUGCGGGAUCUGUUAUUCCUAAGGAUUCAUUUCAAGACAUGAUAAUGACAUUAUAUCACCAUUUGACAAAUAAAAAGGUUCAAUAUUCAAAUUCCA